UGUGGCGGUGGAGACUCUCUCUCUCUCUCUCUCGUUCACAAACAUUAUAAAGAGGACAAACCCAUCUUCGCUUCUUUUCUACUGUUCUUGCAAGAGGGGUGGUGCAAGUGCCAUAACCAAAGCAGUUGCCAUGAGCCUUUCCGUUCACCUUCUCAUGCUCUUUCUUCUCUCGCUAGCACAGCACCAGACACCCGCUUUUGCUACCAGAAAGGGAUCGAAGUCGUGGGUGGUUUACUUGGGAUCUCACUCGCACGGCGGGGAUGCUUCAUCGGCUGAUCUGAGUCGAGCGACGGAGUCUCACCACGAGUUUCUUGGCUCUUUCUUGGGAAGCCGGGACGCCGCCGAAGACGCCAUCUUCUAUUCGUACACGAGGCACAUCAACGGCUUCGCCGCAACUCUUGAAGAUGAAGUGGCCGCCCUAAUCGCUCGGCACCCAAGAGUGGUGUCGGUCUUCCCGAACCAGGGCAAGAAACUACACACAACAAGAUCGUGGGAGUUCCUAGGCCUCGAGGCAAACGGCGUGAUUCCUUCCAAUUCAAUUUGGAAGAAGGCUCGAUUCGGUGAAGAUACCAUCAUUGGGAACCUUGACACAGGGGCGUGGCCAGAGUCGAAGAGCUUUAGCGACGGAGGGUUGGGACCGAUCCCUCCAAAGUGGAAAGGAAUCUGUCAAAACGACAGGGAUCCUCGCUUUCGCUGCAACAGGAAGCUCAUCGGCGCCAGAUACUUCCAUGAGGGCUAUGCCGCCGCGGUGGGACCCCUCAACGCCUCCUUCGACACCCCCCGCGACAACGAAGGCCACGGGUCCCACACCCUCUCCACCGCCGGCGGCAACUUCGUCCCCGGCGCCAGCGUCUUCGGCUAUGGCCGGGGCACCGCCAAGGGGGGCUCCCCGAGGGCCCGAGUCGCCGCCUACAAGGUCUGCUGGCCGCCGGCCGCCGGCAACGAGUGCUUCGACGCGGACAUCCUGGCUGCCUUCGACGCGGCCAUACACGACGGCGUGGACGUCCUCUCCGUCUCCCUCGGCGGCGUUCCCUCCCCGCUGUUCAACGACAGCAUCGCGAUCGGCUCCUUCCACGCCGUGAAGAAUGGCAUCGUCGUGGUUUGCUCGGCCGGGAAUUCCGGACCCGCCGACGGCACCGUCACGAACAUCUCACCUUGGCUGAUCACCGUGGCAGCAAGCACCAUGGAUCGGGAUUUCUCUAACUACGUGGUGAUUGGCGAUAAGAGGCGAUUCAAGGGUGCAAGCUUAUCCCCAACUUCCUUGCCUGGAAGCAAUUUCUACAAGCUUAUCAGCGCAGCAGAUGCAAGAUUGCCCCAUGUGUCGGCCGAUGAAGCGCUGCUCUGCAAGAAUGGAACGCUUGAUCCGAGAAAGGUGAAGGGGAAGAUCCUAGUUUGCCUUCGAGGAGAAAACGCGAGGGUCGACAAGGGAGAGCAGGCCUUCCUGGCCGGCGCGGUCGGGAUGGUCCUUGCCAACGAUUUGCUCUCGGCAAACGAAAUCAUCCCGGACCCUCAUUUCCUUCCCGCGUCUCACGUCAACUACACCGACGGGGCAGCCAUCUUCAGUUACAUCAACUCGACUAAGUUUCCCACUGCUCAGAUCACACGUGUAGUGACAACUAUGGGCGUGAAGCCGUCUCCAUUCAUGGCGGCUUUUUCCUCCAAGGGGCCGAACACCAUCACACCCGAAAUUCUAAAGCCGGAUAUUACUGCACCUGGAGUCAGUGUCAUAGCUGCCUAUACUGAAGCAGAGGGUCCGACAAAUGAGGAUUUCGAUAAACGCCGGGUUCGUUUUAAUGCGGUGUCAGGCACCUCGAUGUCGUGUCCUCAUGUUUCUGGCGUUGCGGGUCUUCUGAAAACUCUACAUCCAGAAUGGAGUCCUGCUGCAAUUCGAUCAGCAAUCAUGACUAGUGCGACGACACAAGAUAAUGCAAUGGAAUCGAUCAUUAACGCCUCCUACGACAAGGCGAUUCCUUUCAGUUACGGAGCUGGACACAUCCAACCCAACCGUGCUAUGGACCCUGGCCUGGUCUAUGAUCUGGGUAUCAAAGAUUAUCUCAACUUCUUGUGUUCUCUAGGUUACAACGCGACGCAGAUCUCGAGGUUCUCUGAUGGUGCCUAUAAUUGUUCAAAACGCAUCAGUCUUCUAGACUUCAACUAUCCUUCGAUCACGGUUCCUAAGCUCUCAGGAUCAUUCACGGUGACUCGAACUGUGAAGAAUGUUGGCUUGCCAGGGACCUACAGGGCGUUGAUACUGCAACCGCAUGGAGUUUCGGUUCUUGUCAAGCCUGCCUACCUGAAGUUCAAGAAGAUUGGCGAAGAGAAGUCUUUCAAGGUCGUGUUGAAGGCGAAAGGAGCCAAUGCGACUAAGGACUACUCGUUCGGAGAGCUGAUAUGGUCGGACACUGAACAUCAUGUGAGGAGUCCUAUUGUUGUGAUGGCCAUUUCUUGACUGUCAUUAUAUGCCGAAGAAUGGCCUUCUUAUUAAAUUGAUGUCGACCCUAUUAUUGAAUGGUGCUUCUUGAAUUUAAAAUAAUGGCUUCCAAAUUAUAAGGUGUUGAAAUUUAUUAAUUCAGAAACUAGGUUGAAGAUUAGUAGUUACAUUCAUCUAAAAGCUAAUUGGUCUUCAAAAUGAGAGCGUUGUGAAUAUUAGUCACGCAAUCGUGCUUUGUAUCUGCGAAAGAACUCAGUUCUCUUUCUUCUUCA